AUGAAACCUAUCGAUUUAAUAUGCUCAUCACUAUAUCAGAGUAUUUAUAGAGUUGGAUUAGCGUUAGUAAGCAUUCUUAUGAAACCUCACUAUAUCGAUAAUGAUCCAGUUCAAUUUACUUACGGCAAUAAUAUUCAAAAUAUUAUUAAUGAUACUUGGUAG